AUGUUAUCACUUUCAUAACAUUCAUUAUUAGUAUUGAAUGAUGAUAGAUAUAUCAAUUAUUUUCAAGACUAAAUACUAUUUUGGUAAUACAUAAUUCCUUCUAGUAUAGAUAUAAAAAAUGCAACAAUGAAAUAUUGUUAAAUGACAUACUUAGUCUAUUUUAUAUCGAAUAAAGUAUAUCGAUUUAAUCCUUAUGAUAAAAAUUUAUAAGAAUUCGAAAUAUUUCUUAAUUAUUAACCUUAAUAAAUAGAAAUAUGUGAUUAAUUCAUAUUUGUUAUUGAUCUAUAAAGAAUUACUAUAUAUAAUAAUAAGGAUCAAGUUUAUUAGAUUCAAAUUAAGAACUAUAUAAACAUUACAUAAUUAACAAUCCUAAAUAAUAAUUAAAAUGGUUAUAAUAUAUAUAUAUUGGAUAUGUAAGCAGGAUUAUUAAAAAUUGAAUGGAAUAAGCAAUCUCAUACUAUAAAUUAAUUAGAUUUAAUUUAAAAUGGUGUGGCAUUAGGUAUCAAUAAUGAAAACAACUUUUAUGUUGCAUAUAAAAGAUAAUAUAAAUAUAUUAUUGCUCAUUAUUAAAUUAUUGAUUCACAAAUAUAAAUUGUUAGGAAAUUCUAGAGCAAGAAAAUUAUUAAAAAAAUUAUAGUAUAAUAAGAUUAUACUUUAUUUCUUACAAAUAAUAAAAUAGAUAUUUUAUAUCAGAAUAAAAUAUAUAAGAUAUUAAAAUUUGGAAUCAAAGACAUAUCUAUAAUUGGUAAUAAAAUAAUAGGAAUAAGUACAUUCGAUAUAUUUUAAUAUUUAUAUGAACCAAUACCUAAUUAUGUAUAAUGUUUUUAUCAAUUAAAUGAAAUACUUCCAUAACAAUUAGAUUACUAAUUAACAUUUAAUCAAAUUAAUAUAACCAUACAAAAAAAAAAGAUAGAAUUUUCUGUUUAAUUGUAAAUUCAUAAAUCUGAUACAAUGAAAAUAGUUAUAGGUUUCCUUGUAUGUGGAAUAGUAUUAACAUUAAUUUUAUUAUAUACUUUUAUAACUCUAAAGUAAAAGAAUCUAUUAAUAAAUGAAAUGGAAAAUAAUCUCAAGAAAUCUAAAGUAAAAUAGGUGCCACUUUUUAAAAGUUUAGAAUGUGCUAUAAGUCCUAAAGGAUAACACUCAAAAUUUUAAAGUUUUGAUCAAACAUCAAAUUUUGAUUUAAAUAAGUUGAGAAAUUGA